AUGGACCUGGAGGCCAAAGUGAAGAAGAUGGGCUUAGGUCACGAGCAAGGAUUUGGAGCCCCCUGUUUAAAAUGCAAAGAAAAAUGUGAAGGAUUUGAACUGCACUUCUGGAGAAAAAUAUGUCGUAACUGCAAGUGUGGUGAAGAAGAGCAUGAUGUCCUAUUGAGCAAUGAAGAGGAUCGAAAAGUGGGGAAACUUUUUGAAGACACCAAGUAUACCACCCUGAUUGCAAAGCUGAAAUCAGAUGGAAUUCCCAUGUAUAAACGCAAUGUUAUGAUACUGACCAAUCCAGUUGCUGCCAAGAAGAAUGUCGCCAUCAAUACAGUCACCUAUGAAUGGGCUCCUCCUGUUCAGAAUCAGGCAUUGGCCCGGCAGUACAUGCAGAUGCUGCCCAAGGAGAAGCAGCCAGUGGCGGGCUCCGAGGGGGCGCAGUACCGGAAGAAGCAGCUGGCAAAGCAGCUCCCUGCACACGACCAGGACCCUUCCAAGUGCCAUGAGUUGUCCCCCAAAGAGGUGAAGGAGAUGGAGCAGUUUGUGAAGAAAUACAAGAGCGAGGCUCUGGGCGUAGGAGAUGUCAAACUUCCCCGUGAAAUGGAUGCUCAAGACUCCAACAGAAUGUACAUCCCUGGCGGAGGCAGAGGCACCGUGGCGUCGGUGGGCACCGUAGAGGACAAAGCGGCAGAACACAGGACUCAGUAUUCCUGCUACUGCUGCAAGCUGGGCAUGAAGGAAGGUGACCCCGCCAUCUACGCUGAAAGGGCUGGCUACGAUAAGCUGUGGCACCCCGCUUGCUUUGUCUGCAGUACCUGCCAGGAACUCCUGGUCGACAUGAUUUAUUUCUGGAAGAAUGGGAAGCUAUACUGUGGCAGACAUUACUGUGACAGUGAGAAACCCCGAUGUGCUGGCUGUGAUGAGCUGAUAUUUAGCAAUGAGUACACCCAGGCAGAAAACCAAAAUUGGCACCUGAAACACUUCUGCUGCUUUGACUGUGACAGCAUCCUCGCCGGGGAAAUAUACGUGAUGGUCUGCGACAAGCCCGUGUGCAAGCCUUGCUACGUGAAGAACCAUGCCGUGGUGUGUCAGGGAUGCCACAAUGCCAUUGAUCCCGAAGUGCAGCGAGUGACCUACAACAAUUUCAGCUGGCAUGCGUCCACCGAGUGCUUCCUGUGCUCCUGCUGCAGCAAGUGUCUCAUUGGGCAGAAGUUCAUGCCGGUGGAGGGGAUGGUUUUCUGUUCCGUGGAGUGUAAGAAGAUGAUGUAUUAA